CGGGGAAAAAAAGAAAGGAAGAGAGCAUGGAGGAGAUCAAGAGCAGCUGAAAGACGCCAAGCAACAGCUCAGCAACCAACAAUCACAAGUCGAUCACGACAUAGCAUGGAGGCAAAAGGCAGGAACGUGCUCACAGAGCCCAGCUUCUUGGGGCGUCCGGCCCUGGCAUGGUGCGAGCGCGGCAUCCAGGUGCUGCUGACCAGCAUGGGGGCCUUCGCCGCCUUCGCCCUGAUGACGGUGGCCAUCGGCACCGACUACUGGCUGUACGCCCGAGCAUUCAUCUGCAACAGCACCACCAAUUCGUCGUCGUCGGUGCAGGACGAGGGCGCCAGAGACAAGAAGGACCCCGGCGCCCUGACGCACUCCGGACUCUGGAGGAUCUGCUGCCUCGAGGGCUUGAAGCGAGGCGUGUGCUCGCAGAUCAACCAUUUCCCAGACGACGCUGACUACGACCAAGACGCUGCCGAGUAUCUGCUGCGUGUAGUGCGCGCGUCAAGCAUGUUCCCCAUCCUGAGCGCCGUGCUGCUUCUGCUGGGCGGCGUGUGUGUGGCCUCCAGCAGCUUCUACAAAAGCAAACGAACCAUCAUCCUGGGAGGAGGAAUUCUCUUUGUAGCGGCAGGCCUGAGCAACAUCAUUGGCGUGAUUGUUUACAUCUCGGCGGCACUCAGCGACAUCUCGCCCAAGAAGGACGAGGACAAGAAGUGGCACUACUCGUAUGGAUGGUCCUUCUACUUCGGUGGGUUGUCCUUCAUCUUGGCUGAGAUGGUGGGGGUCCUGGCCGUCAACAUCUACAUCGAGAAGAACAAAGAGCUGCGGUGUCGCUCCCGCGUCGACCUCUUCAAGAGCACCACGCACGCAAUGCUGCGUCUGCCCAGCUAUCGCUUCCGCCGGCGCUCGCACUCCAGCUCACGCUCCACCGACCCGCCUCGUUCAGGGGAGACCUCACCCGUGGGGGCCAAGACCUUCAGCCUGCCCCCGUCUGCACCCCCCUUCUCCGUGGCCACCUUACCCAACCCUCACCAUGGCGGAGGCGGCGACAUAUCCAUGUACACCCUGUCCAGGGACGCCAAGCUGGGCAGCCUGGGUGGCGGUGCACCGCCCCUCUACGGCACCAUGGACCGCGCCACGCUCUACCAACUGCACAACUACUUCCCCAAGGACGGCGGCAGCGGCGGCGGCACGCUCCCGUCGCACUCCAAAUCCAACCUGGCAACCGCCGCCCAGAACGCCGCCCCCCUGAGCAGCGCCACCUCUGCGGCGGGCAGCGGUGCUCCCGCAGCCGGCGCUGCGCCAAUGUCCGCCGCCACCAUGGAUCGGGACAGAGGCAACGUGGGGACACUGGACCGUCUGACGGCCAAACGGGACCGCGACAGCAACUCGGACACGCUCAACAGGAAGACCACACCUGUUUAAAAAGUGAUUGACCGAGCAGGAGCAAGGAGGCCUUUAAAAUCCUGUCCUGACUUUUGGAACACACAGCAGCCAUAAGUAUUUCAACAUCUGACACAUGGACUAAAACAGCCACACACAUUACGAGCGCAAGACGAGACCGCUGUGUCCGCCUACUUUCUUUUCCCCUUCUCUCAGGAACACAACAGCGAUUGAACAUUACACGACGAAGAUGACGUUAUCGCACAUGGUCUUGGUGUUGAUGACAUCACACUUGUUUGCAAAAUUAUCAACGGGCCGAUUGAUAGUUGAGGCAGUUUUUGCCUUGGCACCCCAUUCAAGCCUCAAACGGAAAACGUUGUCCUCACUUGAAAUGCCGAGCACUACGUGAUAAUCGUAUUGAUCGUAUUCUUCAAGACCGUCUUGGUACCUUCCAAGGACUUUCUUGUUUUUGGUAUUUGAAACAAGUAAGGGACUUAAAUUUAAUUUCUUUGACAUAUUCUGUUGUACUUUUGUCAAAACUUUUUUUGAUGGGCUGGUAUUUAAAAACUUGUAAUUUGUGGUCUCAGUGGAGUUAUGUUGCCAGGUGAUUGACUUUUUAAUGAGCUCAUAUUCAACUUCAACUCAAUGUGAUGGAUUAGGGCUAUGUACACAUGACAAAGUAUGUGUACAUAUAUUGACACAUACACACACAUACACACACACACACACAUAUAUACAUUUAUUAAUGUGCGUCAGUGCCAAGAAGGGGAGCUUGCUUGUCGUUUGAGCUUCCCAGUACGUUUUGAGUCAAUCUGAUUCAUUUCAAAGAGACACCAGGAAAAAAAUCUAUCAGCGCCAUUUCUCAGCCACUUUGGCUGAAAGAAUGAAAGGAAGCAAUACAACUCUGAAUAGCGCUAGGAUGUCAUCAUCGGCAUCGCAGUCUCGAAAGACCAUAGAUUUCUUGUGUCUGGAGGUUAGGUGUUCUUUGCACAGCGUCUGCUGUUGCUGGUGAGUUCCUCUCCAGUGCGCAAGAAGCCUGGGCAAGUCUUAUGGAAGCCUUGAGUUUCCCAGGCAUCAGGGCUUCCCUCUCGGCCUUCCUGUUGUCGUCCAAAGGAACAGUGAACCGAUACAUUUGGCAUCAGGUUGGCUGCAGGAGUUGCCAGAACAAUGCUUUUUUAAAGCAUGAGUCUGCCUAACGGAGUCCGAGAUGGGUUUCCUGUCAGGGUUUGCUCCCUUAGCCUUUUCGUUCCAGACGAUACCCACAAGGCAGCGGGGGUGCUAUUUCUCCCAUAGCUGGGACAGUGGUUAGCGGGCCUCAGGACAUCCACGCGCCGGUGGGCCUGUACGUCACGCCUAGGGGCCCACUGUUGCUCCCCCGAUCGAUCCCCUGCAAUUUGGCCUGGGGCCGUGAGGCACCUAGUUACCAUGUGUGGCCAUGAGGAGGCAUGCAGAAGUCUUGACGGUGGAGAGGCCAUGUACCGGCUGAGGAGACUUAUGCACUCAGCUCCUCUUUUUGCCCCCGGAGACAGGGGGCUAGCCGGCGGCAGUAGCUGAAAGCAGAAGGUAGCAAGCAGGAAGAAGCAUGCAACAUGCACUAACUACAAGCACUACUACUCCAACACCACUGCACUUCGCAUCACAACGCCCUGUGUGCAAGCACACACACACACUAACACGCUAGGAUGAAUAUUGAAAGAAAUGUAUAAAUCUACAUAUAUACAAGUCUACCGUUGAUAUUCAAUAAAGUUGUUCAGGAACAA